AUGAGGAAGGUGGACCUCCCCCCAUCAACAGGUGGACCUCCUCCCCAUCAACAGGUGGACCUCCUCCCCAUCAACAGGUGGACCUCUUCCCCAUCAACAGGUGGACCUCUUCCCCCCCAUCAACAGGUGGACCUCUUCCCCCCCAUCAACAGGUGGACCUCUUCCCCCCCAUCAACAGGUGAACCUCUUUGCCAUCAACAGGUGGACCUCUUCCCCAUCAACAGGUGGACCUCUUCCCCAUCAGCAGGUGGACCUCCACCCCAUCAACAGGAUGGACCUCCCCCCCAUCAACAGGUGGACCUCUUCCCCCAUCAACAGGUGAACCUCUUCCCCCAUCAACAGGUGAACCUCUUUGCCAUCAACAGGUGGACCUCUUCCCCAUCAACAGGUGGACCUCUUCCCCAUCAGCAGGUGGACCUCCACCCCAUCAACAGGUGGACCUAUUCCCCCCAUCAACAGGUGGACCUCUUCCCCCCCAUCAACAGGUGGACCUCUACCCCAUCAACAGGUGGACCUCUUCCCCAUCAACAGGUGGACCUCCUCCCCAUCAACAGGUGGACCUCUUCCCCAUCAACAGGUGGACCUCCCCCCCAUCAACAGGUGGACCUCUUCCCCAUCAACAGGUGGACCUCCUCCCCAUCAACAGGUGGACCUCCUCCCCAUCAACAGGUGGACCUCUUCCCCAUCAACAGGUGGACCUCCCCCCAUCAACAGGUGGACCUCCUCCCCAUCAACAGGUGGACCUCCUCCCCAUCAACAGGUGGACCUCUUCCCCAUCAACAGGUGGACCUCUUCCCCCAUCAACAGGUGGACCUCUUCCCCCAUCAACAGGUGGACCUCUUCCCCAUCAACAGGUGGACCUCUUCCCCAUCAGCAGGUGGACCUCUUCCCCAUCAACAGGUGGACCUCUUCCCCAUCAGCAGGUGGACCUCCACCCCAUCAACAGGUGGACCUAUUCCCCCCCAUCAACAGGUGGACCUCUUCCCCCAUCAACAGGUGGACCUCUACCCCAUCAACAGGUGGACCUCUUCCCCAUCAACAGGUGGACCUCCUCCCCAUCAACAGGUGGACCUCUUCCCCAUCAACAGGUGGACCUCCCCCCCAUCAACAGGUGGACCUCUUCCCCAUCAACAGGUGGACCUUGUCCCCAUCAACAGGUGGACCUCCUCCCCAUCAACAGGUGGACCUCCUCCCCAUCAACAGGUGGACCUCUUCCCCAUCAACAGGUGGACCUCCUCCCCAUCAACAGGUGGACCUCCUCCCCAUCAACAGGUGGACCUUCCCCAUAAGAAAGACACACAGCCAAAGGUGAUUCCAACAUGUAUUGGCUCAGAAGUGUGUAUACUUAUGUAA